GUUUUUUUUUCUUUGCACAUAUUUACAAGAGGCUGAUUUCACGGUUCAUUUGUUAAUUUUACGCGGGAUCUCUCAUAAGAAAGCCGGCGUCUCCUCUAGUUUAUUAUCGAAAACAUUUUAAGCUAAUAGAGUGUGGAAUAGUUUUGAUUGAUAUCUAUUUAAAUAUAAAAAUAAAAUAAUUAAGAAUUUUAAAAUUAUUAAUUGUGUUAAAAGUGCAAUAAAUAUUUAAUAUGGAAAGAGUUUAUACGACGUCUGAUGAACAUAAUAUUGUUUUCGAAUGGAAGAUUGAUAAAAUAGAUCAUUAUUUCGAUGAAUUCCAGCGAGAUACUCAGUUUAGUCUUACUUCUCCGAUAUUCUCAACAGGAGCCACAAUUAAUGAUGAAUGGCACGUUCGUUUGAAAAUAAUUAAUUCUUCGGCAACGCUGCGUACUGCCUACCAGUCGUCAAUGGUCUUCAUUUUGUGUUCUUUGAAUAAUACUAAUAAUAUGAACAUAAAAUGUUCAAGUUGCAUUUUAGAUAACGAAAAAAAUGAAUUAUUUAAAAAAUCGAAAGUUCAUUAUCUACUGACCAAAGACGAAACGGUAACUUGGCAAAUAUGGCCAAAAGCAACAAUAGCAGAUAAAAAUGUAUACUUACCCAAUAAUACUUUGACGUUUCGCCUUGAUCUUACUGUCUAUGAUUCGCCCAACACAAAAUUUGAAAAACUUGAAUUAAAUAUUCCAAAAUGUCAAAUGUCUCACGAUUUCACAGAACUUUACAACACUAAGAUGGGUAGUGAUGUCAUCAUAAAUGUGCGUAACACAGAAUUCCGAGCUCACAAAAUUAUCCUGAUGGCACGAAGUCCUGUUCUGGCUGCAAUGUUUUCUCAUGACAUGAUUGAGAAAAAAGAAAAUAAAAUAUCUAUACCAGACAUUACUCCAGAGAUCUUCGAAAGGGUCUUAAAGUAUAUCUACACUGAUGAAGUAACUGAUGUUGGUGCGUAUGCUGAAAGUUUAUUAGAGUCCGCAGACAAAUAUCAGAUACAAUCACUUAAAGAUAGUUGCCAAGAAUCACUCUGUAAAAAUCUAACUGUUGAAAAUGCUUUGACAAUAAUGACUUUAGCUGAUCGUCACAGCGCGAAAUAUCUAUUGGAAUUCACAAAUAAGUUUAUAGCAUCAAACAUCGAACAGAUUAUCAAGACUCAAAACUACAAAGAAUUACAAAUAUCAAAUCCUUUAUUAGCAUUAUCAUUAUCGAUAGAAAAUUUGAAUUUUCAACUUAAGAAAUUAAAUGAUACACUUACCCAUGGAUCAUUCAGCAACUUGAUCAACAAAAUAAAUCGAAACACAGUACAAUAACUUAGUGCUCAACAAUAUUUUAUAAUUUAAAUUCUAUAUAAUCAUUAUUCAAUCACUUUAAACAUAAUCAUUUAUUAUUACAAGUCUUAUAUAUUUUCUGUUCUCAAAUGUCAGUUUAACUUAAAAACUAAUAAUUACUCAGUUAUCAUUUUAAUUUUUACUUAUUAUUUUUAUCAAAAAUUUUUGUAUUUUUCUAUCUAAAAAUAUUGAUGUAAUCCCCUAAAAUAUAAUAAAGUUUUUC